UUUAAAGUAUCUCUCUUUAGUCAUUCUUAAUCCACAAACUUCCAGUUUCACUAGCUGAGCUUUUGGUUUCCAUAUCAGAAAACCUAAACCCAACACCAUCUCCUUCUUUCCAUAUCUCAUAACAUAUUAAACCCACUUUCCAUUUCGAUCUCUCUGCAACUCCUGCUGUUGCUGUUUUCUCACUAGUUGAUACGAGGUGUGCUAAGUAAAGAUGAAUGAUUUAAUGACGAAAUCCUUCACCAGCUAUGUGGACCUGAAGAAAGAGGCCAUGAAAGAUCUGGAAGCAGGUCCUGACCCUGAUAUAGAGAUGGCAAAUUCAUCAAAUACUAUGGAUCGUAACCUUGGCCUAUUUCUUGAAGAAGCUGAGAAUGUCAAGAAAGAAAUGGGAUCAAUUCGUGACAUUCUAGUCCGUCUGCAAGAAUCCAAUGAAGAAAUCAAAUCUCAGCACAAACCAGAGGCCUUAAAAUCACUGCGCAACAAGAUUAACAUAGACAUUGUCACCGUGCUCAAAAAGGCUAAAGCCAUCAAAACUCAGCUCGAAGAAAUGGACCGUGCCAAUGCAGCUAACAGGCGACUCUCUGGGUUUAAAGAAGGAACCCCAAUUUACAGAACUAGACUUGCAGUUACCAAUGGUUUACGCAAGAAAUUAAAGGAGCUUAUGAUGGACUUUCAAGGGUUAAGGCAGAAAAUGAUGAUUGAGUAUAAAGAAACUGUUGAGAGGAGAUAUUUUACAGUGACUGGUGAGUACCCAGAUGAGGAAAUCAUUGACAAGAUCAUCUCUGAUGACAAUGGAGGAGAAGAGUUUCUGAAACGUGCAAUACAGGAACAUGGAAAAGGGAAGGUAUUAGAGACAGUAGUGGAGAUACAAGACAGGCAUGAUGCAGCAAAAGAGAUUGAGAAGAGCUUGUUGGAGCUGCAUCAGGUGUUCUUAGACAUGGCAGUAAUGGUGGAGGCACAAGGGGAGCAGUUGGAUGAAAUUGAGCAUCAUGUAUUUAAUGCUAGCCACUAUGUGAAGGAUGGAACCAAGGAGCUCAAGAGUGCUAAAGAUUACCAGAGGAGCAGCAGGAAGUGGAUGUGCAUUGGUGUGAUACUUUUGUUGUUGAUUAUUCUUGUGAUUAUUAUUCCGGUUGCUACUAGCUUCAGUGACUCUUGAAUUGGAGUUCUAAUGGAGGAUGUAAUGCCCUGUUAUUCCUUCUGGUUUUCUUGCUUUGCUUUGAAGAUGGUGAUGUAAGAUCCAAGUCCUUGUUCUGGGACUGGUAAAGAGUUGAUGGUUUGCAUAUUUGUAUCGGUUUAUUCUUUUAAGUAAUGUUGUGAUGUAGAAAUAUUUGAGCAACCUACAUUGAAUAUAGCAUUCUGGUUUAGUUGUUUUUCUCAA